AUGGCUGCGCUGUGGCGGAAGGCAUAUGACUACGUGAGGACCAAGGAGUUCCGGGACUACGUGACCAGCACACACUUCUGGGGUCCCCUGUUCAACUGGGGGCUGCCUCUGGCCGCCAUCAAGGACAUGCGGGCGACCCCGGAGAUCAUCAGCGGCCGCAUGACCACGGCGCUCAUCCUCUACUCCAUGGCCUUCAUGCGCUUCGCCUACCGCGUGCAGCCGCGCAACCUGCUGCUCCUGGCCUGCCACGGCACCAACGUGAUGGCGCAGAGCGUGCAGGGCAGCCGCCUGGUCCUCUUCCGCUAUGGCGUCCUGCCCGGGGCCCCGGGCGCCGACUCCGCCGCCCCCGCCCACGGCCAAGGCGAAGCCACCGACGCCACCGAGGGCGAGGGCGAGAGCGAGUGCGUCCCCGACCCCGACCCCGGCAGCUGCUUCUAG